CUGGCUGCAGUCUGCAUCCUGUGCCCACUGAUGAUGAUGAUGCUGCUGCUGAGCAACAGCGUUCUCUGCUCAAUCAAGGAAUAAUGACAUCUUCCUGCUCGUGCUGCAGCACGGAUGGAUAAAUGAGGCAAAAAGGAGUACACAGAAGAGGAAGAAACCCAAAAUAGUGGAGUGAGGGGUUAAAUGAUUGCCCAAAAAAAAAAAAAGAGAGAGAGCAGAGUUUGAACGGCGAGGGUAGACAACAGAGAGUGCUGCAGUAGAAUGACGGUCAGGGAGGAAUUGAGCUGCCACCCUUCUGCACCCGACACAGGAUCCAUCGCAGGCGCCGCUCGCUCCUCUCCCUGAAGGGGCCGACGGGAGGGAUCCACCGUGGAGGCGAGAAGGAGACGAAGGAGGGGGGCGGAGGAGGAGAACGCCAGAGGUUCUAGUACACACAAGAUGGCUGCUGUGUCCUCUGUCUCUGACACUGUUUCGACAGGGGACCCAAGGGGUCGUCACCCUCCUGAGCGCCGACUGCUUAUCCUCGGGGGUCCAAAAUCUGGUAAGACCUCGUCAGCCAACACCAUCCUGGGGGAGGAAGUCUUUGAGGCGGGGACGGAGACCACUCACAGCAACGUGGGUCAGACGGAGAUCUUCGGUCGUCGGGUCACGGUGGUGGACACGCCCCCAUGGCUCAUCCCCAGUGACGCGGAGGACGACACUGAAGCGGACGAUAACGGGAACACAGCCGCGGAGUCCGAGAGCCCGUCGAGGCCCCCGCCCAGCCUGGAUAGCGAGGGCCCCUGCAUGGGGGCGAUCCUGUGCCCCCCCGGCCCGCACGCCAUCCUGCUGGUGGUGUCCGUCACUCAGCCUUUCACAGACACUGAGAGGCGGGCCGCCGAGGAGCAGCUGGGGGCUUUGGGGGGAGGAACCUGGAGAUACUCCAUGGUGCUCUUCACUGGGGUGGACAAGCUGCAGAAAGGGGUCUUCAUUGAGGAGCACAUCGCAAACACUGGAGAGAGCCUCCAGUGGCUGGUGGAGAGAUGUGGAAGCAGGUACCACGCUUUCGACAACAACUGGAAAGAAACGGAGGACACCACACAGGUACCUGAACUGAUGGAGAAGGUGGAGGAAAUGAUCACCGACAACCAAGGCUGGUACUUUGAGGUGAACGAGCUGAUUCUUCUGGAGGAGGAGCAGGCGAGGCGAGCACUAGAGGAGGAGAGAAUGAGGAUGGAGGAGCACGCCAGACAGAGGGAGCAGAUGAUUGGAGGACCGCCAAGAGAAUUGAGGUUGCUGUUGUUGGGCUGGAAGGGUGUUGGAAAAAGCUCCGUGGGGAACUCCAUCCUUGGUCGUCGGUACUUUGAGUCAGGCCAGGAGACCGACCUCUGCCUCCGGAGGCAGGCGCUUGUGUCCGGUCGCAGGGUCACCAUAGUGGACACCCCUGGCUGGGACUGGUUCUCGGUGCGGCGUACCCCCAAGCGCAUCCGCCAGGAGUCGCAGCGUGGCGCCGCCCUCCUGCGCCCCGGACCGCACACUCUGUUACUGGUUCUCCCGGUGGUCUCCUCCCUCACGGCCAGGAAGAGGAGAACGCUUCUGUCCCACAUUGAGACCCUUUUCGGUGACGGCGCCUGCCUCCACACCAUGGUACUAUUCAGUUGUGGCGACUGGCUGGGCCGCACGCCCAUUGAGGAGCACAUACUCAGAGGGGGCCGGGAGCUGCAAAGACUGCUUGAGUACUGUGGGAACUAUUACCAUGUCCUGGACAGUAAAAUCCCUGGCAAGGACAGGAGCGUCUCAAACCUCCUGGAUAGGAUUGAGGAGAUGAUCAGGGAGAACGGUGACAAGGCCUUCCUUCCUGUGCAGACUGAAUGGCUGAGCGAGGAGAGCUCCUACUCGUCCGACAACACGGAGCCCGAGGACGAUUGUCGAGGAUGCGAGCUGCAGUGAUGAAGGGUGAAGAAAGCAAAGUGGCCCUGUGUGAGUGUGUGUGUUUACAGUUAUUUUUGAGUAUCCAGUAGGCCCAAACAAAACCUUAUGUACCUUUAACCUCAUCUAGAUAUUUAUUCUAGACCGUUGUAGGAAAUAGAGGGUAUUGAUAAGUAGCAAUGGUUGCUUGGAUGUAAAAGACACCUUUCUGAGCUGUUUAUGAAUAUAUUUUAUGAAUAUAUUUACAUGGUUAAGACUCGUGAGUUGAAAGUCUGCAUUAUAAAUCUAAUCCGUUUAACAACACGAAGGGGAUUUGUUUAAGAUGACAUUAUCAGAAGCAGGCAGCUUGGGAGUGUUUCCUUCUGUUUUGCACAUUUGAUUUGAUUUUUUUUUAUUACAUCCCCUGCUCUUUGAUCCUUUGGAUCAAACGCUUCAGAGAAAACGCUGCGAAAGAAAAACAUUGAAUGCCAACUCAAAACACGGGCAUCGUGCCAACAGAUGAAAAACGUCUGCCAAUGUUCAUUUGGAGCAAACCUGAUCUAUUGUUUUAGAACUAUGAAUCUUGAGUGGUAUUUAAAAAGAAAAGAUUCCUUUGUUAAUAUUUGAUUAGUUUCCACUGUAGGAGACAUAGGAUAUAGGAUUGUAUAGCACUUUAUUCUCAUUGCACAAGUACAACCAAAUUACAUUUUCAGCACAGACCCGUUCAAAGGCAGACAUAGACAGAACAGGAACGCUGAUGGGUCGCCACUAAAGAAAGAUUGAUCCCAGGCUAGGUCCUUAUUUUAAUUUAAUUUUUUAAGGAAGGGUUGAAGUGAUCUCGCUGGGGCGUAACCUGCCACACUGAUAGAAAAACUACAGACGUGGGCCACAUGAUAAAUCUUAAGUGGUUUGGUUAAGAAAAAGAAAAAAACAGUAAUAUACUUUGGCGUAGUUUGCUUGGCAUUGGGACCACCGAAUAUGUGCCGUUUUCUCAAAAUAAACAUACAUUUCUGUUUAAAUCUGAUCAUACACAUAUUUAACUACUCAUGAUGUGUAAUAGCCCGUCUGUCUCUGGCAAUAUUUUUCUUUGACUACGUCUAGGGAUGGGUACCCAAUUCCAUCAGUUGUACGGGGUAUCGAUUAACGUGAAAUCACAAAAUGCCAUAUUUAGACACCUUUGUUGCAUGUGACGUCACAUCCGGCUGCAGACUUAAAAGCACAUGGCCGGUAAACAAGUAGUCAAACACUUAGAAGUAAUGACACAAUUUUUUCAUGCCAACAAAGCAAGAAGAAGUCGUUAAAAAAGUACAAUAAGGCUUUAGUUUUGGUAAUGCGCUAGCUCUAUGCUAAUUUACAUGGGAUUUGCCAUAGACAUGCUACUGAUUAGCGUUAGUGAUUUAAUGUGGCAAUUUAAACACCUCCAAAUUUGGAAAACUACACCUACGAUGCUUCUGUCAAUCAAACAGCUGGUGUGCAAUAAGUACAAUAAAUACAGUGUAAACACUUUUUAGGGCGCAACAAAAGACUAGAUUCAGCUGAAUGGCCAGGACUACUUCCUGGCUAAGAAAAAACAAUUAGUCUUCACACUACUGCCAUCUACCAUCUGGGAAUUGCAAAUGCAUGCAAAGUCGACUAAAAGAGUGUUUUGAGAUAAGAGCUGCGUGUAAUUGGCAAAGCAAUUGGAGCCUUGGGGGCAUACUGAAGCAGAAGGAGUUUAACACCAGCCAAGAAUGUUAAGAUGAAAUCCAAAGGGUUAACAUUAAUUCAUGAUAGAAUGGAAAAGCUGCUGAUGGUGUGUUUGACAGAAGAGCAGCUGGAGGGAGAUUCCUUAGUGUAGUUGUUUGUAGUACAUUCUAUUUUAUUGUUUUUUUAUACAAUAUUUCUCAUCUGAAAGUUAGUUUUUCUUCUCUAAAGGCAUGUAACAUGUUAAAAUGUAAAUCAAUUUAAAUUCAUUUCAGUGGUUUGACUUAAGAGCGCAUCACAGAAGCAAAAGGUACCACUGUAUUUGCGAAUGAGACUCAAAAGUAUCAGAAAACAAAACAUAAGUUUUUACAAAAGGCUCAGUGUUAAAAGUUCCAAUAAAAAAAUAAGAUUUUAUUAUUAAAAACUGUAUGUAAGGCUCUACUUUUUAAAAUGCCCCAGCUCGAUGCUAAUUUACAUUGGAUUUGCCAUAGACAUGCUACUGAUUAGCGUUAGCGAUUUUACAUAUAUCAUAUUGAAACUGUUUACAUGUUUGAAAUAAACGUCAACCUACCAAAUGAACAUUUAUGAACACAUGAACGCACAAGUACAAAAAAUGGAUUCUAUUAUUUCCCCGAUACCGGGAAUCGGUACCCAAUCGGUCAGAUGUGAAAGGGCACCCACCCCUAAAUAUUCGUAAAUUCUAAAAGCUUUUAUCCGUGUUGUUUGUUCCGUGUUUAUAGCGUCUAUAUCGGAGCUCAAGUGAACCGCGCCAGGGUCCUCAUGAUGGCACCAAAAGUUGCUUUUAACCGAACCAGCCUAAACGCGCGUCAGUGCUGCCGCAACCCCCAGAAGGCGGCCCUUGACUGCGACGCUGCUAUAAUCAUGGUAGUCCAUUAAAGGAACGGAGUCGUGAACAUCCUUCUCAUUCUCAGAUAAAACCAUAGAGAGGACGUUUGUGCUAACGUUGCCCUGGCUAUAUGUGCCUCAGCAUCAAAAAGCCUCGCUGCAAGGCUGUGUCCAAUAGAAGACGUCAAGCUUUGGCAUGCUACGGAAACCACAUAACCUCAUGAAUCACUGGAGCUCUAAUGGGGCUGCCAUGUUUUUUCUAUUUCAUCAAGAAAUCUGCUAUUUACAUUGUCGAGAUCUAUAUAAAUAUAUCUAUAGUCACCUGUCUGAGGCAUGUUUGGACGAUGCAUGCAGGUAAAAAAGGAGUGCCUGAAAAAAAAAAUUCCAAACUCAGAAACCCCAAACCCAGUGAAGUUGACACAUUGUGUAAAUUGUGAAUAAAAACUAAAUACUAUCAUUUGCUAAUUAUUUUCAACUUAUAUUAAAUUGAAUGCACCGCAAAGACAAGAUACUUACAUUCAAACUGGAAAACUUUGUCAUAUUUUGCAAUUAUUAGCCCAUUUGGAAUUUGAUACCCGCAACAUGUUUAAAAAAAGCUGGCACAAGUAGCAAAAAGGGCUGAGAAAGUUGAGGAAUGCUCAUCAAACACUUAUUUGGAACAUCCCACAGGUGGACAGGCUAAUUGGGAACAGGUGGGUGCCAUGAUUGGGCAUAAAAGCAGCUUCCAUGAAAUGCUUAUUCAUUCACAAACAAGGAUGGGGCGAGGGUCACCACUUUGUGAACAAAUGUGUGAGCAAAUUGUCCAACAGUUUAAGAACAACAACAAGGAAUGUAGGGAUUUCACCAUCAUAAUAUCAUUAAAAGGUUCAGAGAAUCUGGAAAAAUCACUGCACGUAAACGAUCAUAUUACGGACCUUCGAUCCCUUAGGCGGUUCUGCAUCAAAAACCAACAUCAGUGUGUAAAGGAUAUCACCACAUGGGCUCAGGAACACUUCCGAAAACCACUGUCAGUAACUACAGUUUGCCACUACAUUUGUAAGUGCAAGUUAAAACUAUAUUAUGCAAAACCAAAGCCAUUUAUUAACAAGACCCAGAAAGGCCGCCGGCUUCGCUGUGCCCAAGAUCAUCUAAGAUGGACUGAUGCAAAGUGGAAAAGUGUUCUGUGGUCUGACGAGUCCACAUUUCCAAUUGUUUUUGGAAACUGCAUCUGUGAUGGUAUGAGGGUGUAAUAAUGCUCAAGGUAUGGGUAACUUACCUAUUUUUGAAGGCACAAUUAAUGGUGAAAAGGUACAAACAGGUUUUGGAGCAACAUAUGUAGAUAUCCAAGCAACGUUAUCAUGGACGCCCCUGCUUAUUUCAGUAAGACAAUAACAAGCCAUGUGUUACAACAGCGUGGCUUCGUAGUAAAAUAAUGUGGGUACUAGAAUGGCCUGCCUGUAGUCAAACAGUCUGCCAUUGAAAAUGCAAAAAAAAAAUAAUGUUUCUCAGUUCGAACAUUAAAUAUCUUGUCUUUGCAGUCUAUUCAAAUGAAUAUAAGUUGAAAAGGAUGUGCAAAUCAUCGUAUUCUGUUUUUAUUUACGAAUUACACAACGUGCCAACUUCCCUGGUUUUGGGUUUUGUACAUCCCUCUGCUUGAAUAUCUGACAUCACAUCCCUGUACUUCGACAGCUGCAAGCAUUUUCAAGAGGAAAAUACUUUUACACGCACCAUAUUUCUAUGUGACUUAUGUCGUGCUGUAAACUGUAGGCUCUAUGCUUUCCUGUCGUGACGUAGCCUAGCGCAGCGCUUACAAAGCAUGAGUUGCACUGUAUUCACACUGUCAACGUUGUUAAUGUUGCUUUUAGUCGCGCAUUUUUGUGCACUAUUCUGUAAGUUUGGACACUUCACUGGUACCCAAAAGUGACGUGACUUGCUGUGUUGUCCCUCUCCAUGGUGAUUACGUCGUCAUCAGCACUUUGGUUCAUUGGUAUAAAAAUAAAAAGAUACGGACAUA